AUGGAGCGCUUUGAUCUUAAGGGAUCUGUGAUCGAGUUGGAGAAGUCAUGGAUGCUGAAGCAAAUUUGGGAAGUACGAAUAGAAACGUACUUGGAUACUUUGGAUCUCUGGGAAGCUGUGGAAGAGGAUUACGAUAUUCCAUCCCUACCGCAUAAUCCCACCAUUGUUCAGAUUAAAGAACACAAGGAAAAAAAGACAAAGAAAUCGAAUGCUAAGGCAUGUUUAUUUGUUGUUGUAUCAUCAACAGUUUUCACGCGGAUAAUGUCUCUGAAAACUGCUAAAGAAGUAUGGGAUUAUCUCAAGGAAGAGUAUGUCGGAGAUGAGAGAAUAAAAGGUGUGCAAGUUUUAAACUUAAUUAGGGAGUUUGAAUUGCAAAACAUGAAGGAAUAUGAAACAGUGAAAGAGUAUUCAAACAGACUUCUCAAUCUUGCAAAUAAGGUGAGGCUACUCGGCUCUACACUUGUAGACUCAAGAAUUGUUGAGAAGAUUCUUGUAAUAGUUCCUGAAAGAGUUGCUCAAUUCCCUAAAAGCUCAAGAGCAAAGAAGACUCAUGAGACAAAUGUUACAACAGAAGGGGCUCUUAACAAGAAGCCCGAGGGUUUUGCUGAGCAAGGAAAAGGAGAAAAAGUAUGUCUACUUGAAAAGGCUUUUUAUGGCUUAAAACAAGCUUCAAGAGCUUGGUAUAGCAGGAUUGAUGAUCACUUGUUGAGUUUGGAGUUUGAACGAAGUGUAUCUGAGGUUACUCUCUAUGUCAAACAUAAAGGAACUGAUCUUCUCAUUGUUUCCCUUUAUGUCAAUGAUCUCUUGGAGAUAGGAAACAAUGUGUGGCUGGUUGAAGAAUUUAAGAAGGAAAUGAUGUAA